CGUCAUCUCCUUACAGCCAGCCUCCGGUAGAUGGCGCUAAAGCGCAUCAGUCGCCAAGCGCCACAAAACAAGAAGAAGAAGAGGAAAAACACAAAAAAAAGCGGGAAGAAGUAGGGUACCCAAAAAUGGAGGUCUCAGCCCCAGACUUUUUGAUAAUGUCUUCAAACGACCGCGGUCGGUCCUGGGGGGAAACAGAGACCAGGGAUCUGAUUAAAAUAUGGGCGGAUGACACGAUCCAGGCGAUGCUGAACGGAUUAACAUUUAAUCAUAAAGUUUUCGUUCAAAUUUCUGAGGUGAUGAAGUGUAGGGGCUACGACCGAAACCCGAAGCAGUGCCGAGAGAAGAUAAAGAAGCUCAGAUUAGAGUAUAAGAAGAUCGUUGGGGAGAAGAAAAACGGAUCAGAGAAAGGAGAAACAACAUGGAAGUUCUUCGAAGCCAUGCAUGAAGUUUUAGGUCGUCCUGCACCGACCUGUGGUCGGAACUCUGCAGCACGUGAGGAGGAUGAUGAUGAUGAAGAUGAUGAAGAAGAUUAUUAUGAUGAUGAUGAUGAGACAACAACAUCAGAAGAUGAGGAAGAGGAUGAGGAUGACGAUGACGAUGAUGAUGAUGAGACAACAACAUCAGCAGAUGAGGGAGAGGAUGAGACCCCCUGCAUCAGACAGGAUGCACCACGGAAACGUUUGGUGCUGUUUUCCACAAAGCAGGACAUCGUCCUUCUGGGAGAGGUUGUCAACCUGAACCCCUUCGCUUCCAAAGAGCAAGGCCGCAUGUGGGACUUUGUGGGGGAGAUGGUCACUGACGCCCUCCAGGGGGACUUCGAGGUAGACGGCAAGACGUGUAGGGAGAGGACCAUGCUGCUGCUCGACUAUUACAAGAAACAAGAUUUUUCCAGUCUGCGCAGGUUUGGGACAGAGCGGUUGUACGCCAAGAAGGAGGAUUUGCUUCGUCAGGUGAUGGAGCUGGAGGCUGAGAAAAGCCCUCCAGUCAAUGGUGACGGUCCAAAGCACCAACCUGAAGAGCGAAGGGAUCAAAUCAGUGAGGAGCUAGCUUGGUCUGAACCAGAAAAACCUGACAUCACAACGCUGCCACCUGCUGGUGGUAUGGAUGUUAAUACAUCAUCUUUAUUAGUCGCUGCAGAAGCAGAGGAUGAACGUGCGCCCGCGGCAGAGCUUCCAGCGGCGCCUGCAGCCAAGCGGCCCUGCCACUGCUGCUUCAAGACCUACGCUGGGAUUCUGAGCUUCCUGGAGAAACGCUCAGAGGCCGAGCAGCGGCUCCGGGAGGAGGAGCUGUCCUUCCGCCGACAGGAGUUGGACAUUCAGAAGAGUAAAAUCGCUCUGGAGAGAGAACGGCUGGAAGUGGAGAAAAAGGAGAGGGAGCAGCGGUUUGAGCUGGAGAGCCAGGAGAGGCGGGUCAUUUUAAACCUGCUGAAAGAGAAAGUGCUGACAGGCUGAGGAUCUGCCAACAUGGAGGGAAGACGCUACAGCUAGAAGAUCAGAGGAAGAGUGAGCCACGAUCCCAGAAUCUGAUCCCAGCUCUGUUCGGCUCACCCCGCCUCGCUAUACGUCAGCAGUUUGCUAACGUCGCUACUGAAACUGGAUGAGGACAUCGCUGCUAGAGUCUAAACCACUGCUGAAACGUUACAGAUAAGCUGCUGCAUCUAUGGACUGGAACAGAACUUUGUUAACCAGAUAAAACACUGGAUCCCAGUGGCUCCCAUUGGGUUCAUCUGCUGGGUUACAGGCUGCUGUCUUGGAGAACACACGUCUGAAUGGCUCAGAGCUAUUUUUUUUUAUUCAAAAAGUCAAUAAACGAAUCAUUUUA